ACCCCAGUCCCCACUCAGCUCCUUCCGACACACCCGCGAAAACCCUACCACCAGAGGCAUCGCCAUCGCCGGGCGAGAUGAAGGGCGGCGACGUCGAGGCGGGUGGCACCGGCACCGCGGCGCUGAAGGCCGCGCUGUACCCCGGGGCGACGGAGAGCACCGAGCUGCGCUGGGCGCUCAUCCGGAAGAUCUAUGUCGUACUCUACCUGCAGCUUCUCCUCACCGCCGUCGUUGCUGUCGUCGUGUACAAGGUCCGCCACUUCAUCGUCUCCUACGACGGCCUCGGGUUCUACAUCUUCCUCUUCAUCUUCCCCAUCACCGUGCUGUUCCCGCUGUUUAUCUACCGCAAGAAGCACCCAGUCAACCUGCUGCUGCUUGGCGUCUUCACAGUGGCCAUCACCUUCUCUGUGGGCUUCAUGCGUUCCUUUUAUAGUGGCAAGGUCAUUUGGGAGGCUGGGAUUCUUACAAUCGUGGUUGUCUUGAGCCUCACUGCUUACACCUUCUGGGCUGCAAGGAGGGGCAAGGACUUUAGCUUCCUUGGUCCUUUCCUAUUUGCUUCUCUGGUGAUUUUGCUCGUCUUUGGGUUCAUUCAGAUCUUCUUCCCGCUGGGCAAGCUCUCUCACAUGAUCAAUGGCGCGCUGGCGGCACUCAUCUUCAGUGGCUACAUUGUCUAUGACACGGGCAACAUCAUCAAGCGUUACACCUAUGACGAGUAUGUCUGGGCCGCCGUCACACUCUACCUUGACAUCAUGAUUCCAGCUGUGCCUGCCACCCUUCAUUGGGUGGAUGACAGCCAGGCGCGUCACCCUGCCCCUGCUCUCUCAUGAUUCAAAUCCCGUGGACGAAUCCCUUGACAAGAAGAGUUGUAUAGGCUUGUCAGUCUCGCUGGCACGGUUUAAUUGAGUUGACCCCUACUAGUAGAGGGAAUGCAUAAGAAAACUGCUGUUCGUCAGUUCUAUUCUAUGUAUGGUGGAUGUGAUGUUGUAUUUAGGGGAUCUUUGACAUGCUGGGUUGGUGGUGCUGCUGCGUUUACGGUAUUCUAAUAUCAUUUGUGUAGCCGCGUGGCUUCUACUU